GGCUGGCGGGGCGCGGGGCUCCCCUCGUCCGGCCGGGCGCCUCGUGCCCUGGCGCCCGUGGCUCGCGACCAUGAAGCUGAAGCUGAAGCUGAAGACCGUGUUUCUCGCCUACUUCCUGGUGUCGAUCGCCGGCCUCCUCUACGCGCUGGUGCAACUCGGCCAGCCAUGUGAUUGCCUCCCUUCCCUGCGGGCAGCAUCUGAACAGCUUCGACAGAAGGAUCUGAGGAUUUCCCAGCUGCAGGCUGAUCUCCGAAGGCCACCUCCUGUCCCUGCUCAGCCCCCUGAACCUGAGGCUCUGCCUACUAUUUAUGUCAUUACCCCCACCUAUGCCAGGCUAGUGCAGAAGGCAGAGCUGGUUCGGCUGUCCCAGACCCUGAGCCUGGUGCCCCGGGUACACUGGCUGCUGGUGGAAGAUGCUGAGGGCCCCACCCCACUGGUGUCUGGGCUGCUGGCUGCUUCUGGUCUCCUUUUCACACAUCUGGCUGUCCUCACCCCCAAGGCCCAGCGGCUCCGGGAAGGUGAGCCAGGCUGGGUCCGUCCCCGAGGUGUAGAACAGCGCAACAAGGCCCUGGACUGGCUCCGAGGCAGAGGGGGUGCUGUUGGUGGGGAGAAGGACCCACCACCCCCAGGGACCCAGGGAGUUGUGUAUUUUGCUGAUGAUGACAACACGUACAGCAGGGAGCUCUUUAAGGAGAUGCGCUGGACCCAUGGUGUCUCAGUGUGGCCCGUAGGCCUGGUGGGUGGCCUGCGAUUUGAGGGCCCUCAGGUACAGGAUGGCCGGGUUGUGGGUUUCCACACAGCAUGGGAGCCCAACAGGCCCUUCCCUUUGGACAUGGCAGGAUUUGCUGUUGCCCUGCCCUUGCUGUUUGCUAAGCCCAAUGCCCAAUUCGAUGCUACUGCACCCCGGGGCCACCUGGAAAGCAGCCUCCUGAGCCAUCUUGUGGAUCCUAAGGACCUGGAGCCACGGGCUGCCAACUGCACUCAGGUACUGGUGUGGCAUACAAGAACCGAGAAACCCAAGAUGAAGCAGGAGGAGCAACUUCAAAGGCAGGGCCGGGGCUCUGAUCCAGCCAUUGAGGUGUGAUGGCGACCUCACCCUGAUUUACACCUUAUUUUAGGCACAGACCUUGUGAGACUGGGCUCUGGGCCUGCCCAGGAUGUGGUUUUCCAAGAUCUGACCCCUCAGAACCAGAGGCAGCCCCUCCAGCCACAGGGUGUGGUCCAGUGCUUCUCCCCUCUCCCAGUCUACCAUGUGGCACUGUCUACAGGCAGGGGACAAGCAGCCCUUGUUUUGAGCCAGGUCAGCCCUCUCUGGGGUGGAACAGGACACAUGGACUCAGGUGGGAAGGUGGCAGAGGAACUGGGUAACUUAUUGGGGCCAGGCAUGCACUGGGGGGCUGGAGGAACUGGGCUGGACCCUCCCCACCUGAGCAUGCAGACCCCACUCCUACCUCCAGAAUAAAGAAUCUCAACCUGGA